AUGCCCGGUCCAAGUGAUAAAUUCAAGCUAUCUCAAACACUGACUUAUUACAUGGACCACGGGCCGUCGAGCAUUAUUGAUAAUGAUGCGCCAUUCCUCCUACGUUUCCUGCGCACCAAGAAAUUCAGCGUUCCUCUCGCAUGCGAGAUGCUCGAAAGGUAUCUCACCAUCCGCAGACUCUACCCCCAAUGGUUCCAAAACCUCGACAGCGAAGACAAGGAUCUGGCCGACAUCAUCAACGCCGGCUAUCUUGUUCCUCUCUUGGACAGGGAUCAAGGAAGGAUGGUGCUUUUCAGCUGCGCAGGCAACUUCGACCCCCACAAGUACACUUCUGCGCACAUGGUGAAGAUUCACAGCUUGGUUACUGAGGCUCUGAUGGACGACGAGAUCAACCAGAUCAACGGGUACACGUACGUCAACGACGAAAGUGGGUUUACGAUGUCGCACAUUUCUCUGUGGUCGUUGACCGAUGUCAGGAAUAUCCUCAGAUGUAUUCAG